AUGAGUAGUGCGUUGUCUUACCCCUCUACGCCCGGAAGACACCUAGUGGACGAUCACCGAUAUCAAAGCCAAUGGUGUGAUUAUCGGUUGACGAUUCAAUCAACACCUAAGACGCAAGUAAUAGCAGCCGUACUGGACUCGCCACAUUUGAAAACGGCAACAGAAGCGGAAGACAUGCUUAGACCCCAUUUUCGUCGACAUGAAUUAAGCUCUAUUCAGGAUUCGCGGAUCAAGCCUUUUAAAGGUGUGGCAUCGAAAGUUGAUCGCGUAACUGACACUGUCUGUGUUGCCGUGUCUGGCAUAGAAACACCCUCAGAUGACGCAUCUCUGAGCGACGACCUUGGUUUAAGUAACGAUACAAAUUGCCCUGCGCAAUCCAGCCCCAUCGAAGAUGUUUCGAUAAGCUCCGGAGAGAGUAAGGAAACUCUUCUUUCAACAGGACUUACCUACUCCGUCUCAUUCGAGAACAAAGCACUACAUGAGGAGCCAGCAUCAGACCCGCCAUCCAAUAGGUCGGGCUUGCUACUGUCCUAUUCCAAAGCCAACGGUGAGCGCCAGCGACAACUCCGAUGUUGCAAGCCUGAGCUAUCUUGCCGAAGUCGAAUUAAGUUAGAGGGUGUGAAACCAAUAUUGAAGAGACCUUCCCACACAAAGUCGCUCAAUUAUGUCGUGACUGCUUCUAAUGGCUCUUUGGCUUAUGCCACUGUUUUCGCUACUGAGAUGAAUGCAAGCAAUGCCAACAUACCUUUGCCUGCUAAUAGGCUCGAAAGAGUUACAAUACCACUCCAUGCAAGAGCAAAAGAUCAACUUCAACUUAGUAGGCGGCAAAAUUCUUGCUUGGAUGAGAGCGAUCCUGGCAGUCCCCGAGGGGGACAAGACGCCGCGAUUAUUAGGGCCUAUGAAUACGAAUAUCGAGCCAGUCAUACUUGUCUUGGACUCGAAAAAGCCAAAAAACUGAGGUGGGAUAAAGACGUAUGA